UCUCGCAGAUUAUCAAGAACUAUAAUGAACCGCCUCUGAAUACCACUGUUACGUUAAACUACUGGAAACAUAUUUAUAAGAUUAAAAAAUUUAUAUCCCAACUUUAGACUUCUUUGCAAUCUCAAAAAUAUUUCUUCUAUAUGACGCAGAGUAACUGAAAAACAAACAUAUAUUCAAACGCCGAUCAUCAAUUAAGAGUUUGAUAUGACAUUGAUUAAAAAUCAGCUGAAGUUGUUAAUCAUUCUUGUAUUGUGUUUGUCCGCAUUUGGAAGACCAAAUAUCAUCAUUCUUAUUGCGGAUGAUUUAGGCUUUAAUGAUCUCAGUUUUCAUGGCUCUUCACAAAUUCCAACUCCAAACCUUGAUGCCUUAGCUAAGGAUGGAAUCAUUCUAAACAAUUAUUAUGUUUGUCCUGUUUGCUCUCCAUCCAGGGGAGCUCUAAUGACUGGCCUUUACCCUAUACACACAGGAACUCAGCAUGAUGUUAUUUUUGUUGAUCAACCUUGGGGCUUGCCUUUAGCUCAUUCACUUCUGCCUCAGCAUUUGAAAAAAUUAGGUUAUGCUACACAUGCUGUUGGGAAGUGGCAUUUAGGUUUCUUUCAUAAAGAAUAUACUCCUACAUUUCGAGGCUUUGACUCUCAUUAUGGAUACUGGGGUGGGAAAGAGGAUUAUUUUGACCACACCCAAUUAAUGGGUCAAUUAUGGGGACUUGAUUUCCAUCAAAAUAUGAAGUCUGUUAAAAAUAUUGUGGGGAAUUAUUCAACCUUCUUGUUCUCUAACCAUGCAGAAAAGAUUAUCCAAAAUCAUAAUACCUCAAAACCCCUCUUUUUGUAUGUUGCUCAUCAAGCAGUUCACAGUGCCAAUAUGUAUGCACCUUUGCAAGCUCCAGUUGACUAUAUCAAACGAUUCUCCCAUAUCAAGGAUAAAAAAAGGAGAAUAUAUGCUGCUAUGGUGUCUGCCCUGGAUGACUCUGUUAGUCAGAUUAUCAAAAGCUUGCACACGAAGAACAUGCUGAACAACUCCAUCAUUGUUUUCAGCACAGACAACGGUGGACCGGCCGCUGGUUUUAACGACAAUGCAGCCUCCAACUGGCCUUUGCGAGGCGUCAAAGCCACCUUGUGGGAAGGUGGAGUAAGGGGUGUAUCUUUUAUUUGGAGCCCUCUUCUAAAGAAUCCAAAAAGAACUUCCUGGGAUUUGAUGCAUAUUACUGAUUGGCUACCUACUUUGUACAGGGCUGCAGGUGGCAAUGUCAAGUCUCUUGGGAAAUUAGACGGUUUUGAUCUCUGGGGUACACUGUCGUUAAAGCGCCCUUCUCCAAGAUCGGAAGUCCUCCUGAAUAUCGAUCCCAUCAACCGAGUUUCGGCUCUUCGAGUAGGCGACAUGAAACUCGUGCAAGGGACAGUGUAUGACGGACAGUGGGAUGGAUGGUAUGGUCCCUCUGGUAGAGAUCCGAAUCUACAAGAGGGCUUGGGCUCCAAAGAGAGCGUCUCCUGUCCACCGAAACCUGCAAAUGCUUCUACCAACUGCAAACCCGCUAAGAAACCAUGCCUAUUUAAUGUAACCAAAGACCCAUGCGAAUUUUACAAUUUGGCCAAUGAUUACCCCGAGAUCGUCGAAGGGCUUCUGAAGCGUCUCUCUGAGUACAACGCUACUGCCAUCCCCCCCGGCAACAAGCCGAUGGAUCCAAAAAGUAACCCUAAGUACCACAACUACCAGUGGAUCAACUGGAUGGAUUACUCUAUCUGAUGACUCUGGCUUUCUUCUUUAAUGUUUAAGAAGUAAUGUUAAUUCUGCUGAUAAUUGAGAUGUUUAAUUUUUGGAUGAAAGUAUUGUCUGUAAUUACGCAGCAUAUGUAUAUUUUUGGAAAAUAUUUAUGUGUUUUGAUAGAUAAAUAUCGUAGACCAAUAGUUUUUUUUUUUAAUAGAGAGUUCCAUUUGCCAUCCAUGAUGCGUGCCAAAUACUACAAUGAUAUCUGAUGAUGGGUGGCAAGUGCAACUGUAUGCAGAUGAUGCUAUAACAUAUUAUUUUGUCCAGUGAAAUAUGUUGAUUGGGUGUCUAUAACACCUCUGCUUUGCGUUCAGUGAGAUAAUGAAAAGGGAAUUACAAAUAUCCUUCAGAGGACGCCAUGAAAAUAAAAGGCUGGUGCAUGUAAUGUUACAUUUCAAAGCCAAAAAUGAAAAAGAGGCAAAAAAUAACGAAUCAUAGGCAGCUAUUUACACAUAGGGCUGAAUCCAAAUCGAUUUUUCAAAGAUCAUUUAUUGGUAAUCUGGCGAUGCUUUGUGAGACAGGAUGCAUCGUCACUAUAAAUCGAGACUCCUGAUCCAUAAUUCAAGAUCAUUGUUAAAUGUGGUUCUUAUGCUCAUCGCUUUUGUAUGCACACAUCUGUUCAAAGGCGAAAUGAUUGAUGAAGACAUCUGAUCCCUGUUAGCACUUUUUAUUUGUAUUUUAUUGACUGAGUUAUUUGAAAAGUCUGAUUUUGAAAAGAUGAAAAAAAUGGCUAAUAAAAGA